CAUGCUAAGCUAACGUUAGCUCGUUGAGCUAAGCUAACGUUAGCUUAGCAGGAAUCACGUCACGUCAAACCGCGUUUAAAAAAUCUGUAAAUUACCACCGACUUUUAAAAAAAUGACCUCCAGAGAGGUCUACAAACACGUUAGGACACAUGUUCUGACUGAUGCGGCUCCACUGUUUAAUUCGGCUGACAUAACAAGUAACAAAACGAUGUUAAUGUGAAUUUAAAGAAGGCUUUAUUAUCAGCAUCGUUAGCUGCUAACAGCCUGUUAACUCUUCACUCGGUUUUACUCUCUUAAAGGCACUUUAACCUUAAACAUGUUACUUUAUAUACAUUUAAUGGCUUUAUUCUCAGAAUGUCAAACAAACGAAAGUAUAUGCAUUUAUAUAUGAAAACGUGAUAUUUAUAAAUCUCAACUUUACAUGGAAAAAUCUCAAGUUUACGAGAAAGAAAGGGCAAAUUUAUGAGAAAAAAAGGCAAAUUUACAAGAAAAAAUCUGAAAUUUACAUGGAAAAAAAUCGGAAAUUAUCUUAAAUUUACAAGGAAAAACAUCUCAAAUUUACAAGAUAAAAUCUCAAGUUUACGACAAAAAAAAAUCUCAUAUUAACGAGAAGAAAAUCUCAUUUACAAGACAAAACCCCCCACAAAAAAUGACUAGAAAACCCCCUCAAAUUUACAAAACUCUGACAUAAAUUGAUAUUUCUUUUUUAAAUAUUUCUUAUUUAAAUCAUUUGUUUUAAUUCCUCAAUGUAUUUACUUACUUGACAAUUUAUUUUUCUUUUAUCAUAUUUAAAAAACAAAACAAACAACAACAACGAUUUAUGGAUAUUUUUUCAAUUCAUUUUAAAAUUAUUUCAAACUGAUUUGUAACAGUAUUGGGUUUUUUUUUGGCAGCUUUCGUUCAUUCAUUUAUUAUUUUAUUCUUUCUCAAUCCGUAAAAAAUCUAAAUAAUUGUAUCAUAAAUAUUAGCCUGAAUUUAAAAGUUUCAAUCUGUAAAUUAAUGUAAUAGAACAUUAUUAUUAUUUUAGUUUUUUUCUUUAUAUUAUUAUCCAAUGAAUUAAUGUUCUUGAAUGUUAAAUUACAGUGAAGUAAAAAAUACACAUAUUUCUACACAAACAUUAAAUUGAAUGUAAAAAAAAAAAAAGAAAUAGUAAAAAAAAAGGGUAAACAGUCCAAAUGCUUCCCUUCAUAUUAAAGCGGAUAUUUACUGUAUAUAUUCUGUGAGAUAACUUGCGGGUGUUUCCUGGUCUGUGACUGAGUGUAAUUAAUGUUCAGGAUGUUCUUUGUGACUGUGGUUGUGGGGGUUGUGGAUGUUGUGUUGAUGCGUGUUGUUUCUCCCAGUGAAGAGGCAAUGAGGAAGGCAGGAACCGCACACACCAAGUCCAGCAACGACAUGGAGAACCACGUCUACGUCAAAGCCAAGUCCAGAGAGGAGUAUUUAUCUCUGGUGGCGAGGCUCAUCAUCCACUUCAGAGACAUCCAUAAGAAGACUCUCGGAGGUCCAGAUCCCAUGAAUGCCCUGACUAACCUGACGGGGGUUGGAGGGGGCCAGGGCGCCAUUGGCAUAGGGCCUCGCCCCACCGGUGCUCCAGUGGGUGGCAUGGGGGCCAUGGGGCAGAUGCAGAUAGGCCAGCAUGCCAUGGCAGGGGUGGCUGGAAACCCUCAAGCCAUAGGGGGUCCGGGCCAGAUGCCGAUGCAGCAGAUGGUCCAGCAGCAACAGCAGUCCAUCCAGUUCCAGCAGUUCCAGCAGGCCCAGCAGCAGACCGCCAUGCAGCAGCAGCAGCAGCAGCAGCAGCAGCAGCAGCAGCAGCAGCAGCAGAACGCCGCCAUCCAGCAGCAGUUCCAGGUGCAGCAGCAGUUGAGGGUGCAGCAGAUGCAGCAGCAGCAGCACCACCAGAACCAGCAACUUCAGCAGCAGCACCAGAAUCAGCAGCAGCAGCAGGCCCAGAAUCAGCAGCAGCAGAACCAGAUGCACCAGACCAGGAUUCAGCAGCAGCAGCAGCAGAUGGUGCAGCUGCAGCUCCAGCAGCAGCAUGCCCAGGCUCAGGCUCAAGCUCAGGCCCAGGCCCAGGCCCAGGCUCAGGCCCAAGCUCAGGCCCAGGCCCAGGCCCAGGCCCAAGCCCAGGCCCAGUCCAUCCAGCAUAUGGUCCAGCAGCAGCAGCAGCAGCAGCAGCAGCAGGUCCAGGCCCAGACGCAGCCUCAGCCGGGGCAGAUGCCUCCACACUCCCAGCAGCAGCAGCCCAGCAUGGUGCCGCAGUCGCUGGCGGGACAAAUGACGUCUGCUCAGCACGUCCCCCUCAACUCGCUGAGUCAGCAGCAGCAGCAGCAGCAGCAGCAGCACCAGCUCAAGAUGCAGGCCUUCCAGCAGGCCCGUGCAGCCUUGCAGCAGCAGCAGGUGCAGCAGGCGCAGCAGGCCGCCCAGCAGGCUGCAGCUCAGGCUCAGCUCAACGCCGCUGCAGCCGCUGCUGCCGCCGCCGCCGGACCCGGACAGCUGGUCCGUCCUGGGAUGCAGAUUCCGGCCCGGCUGCCUCGGGCCCCGCUGAACGCCUCCAUCCCUCCUCCAAACGCUGCCGCUGCCGCGGCCGCCGCGGCCGCUGCUGCUGCUGCUGCUGCUGCAGUGGGAGGACAGACGAUGACACAGCAGGUGCAGCAGCAUUCAAUGAUGUCAUCGCCGUCACCUGUGCAGGUGCAGACGCCUCAGUCGAUGCCUCCUCCUCCACAGCCAUCACCUCAGCCCCCCAGCUCACAGCCCAACUCAGCCAGCUCUGGUCCCACUCCGUCUCCUGGAGGUUUCCAGCCCAGCCCGUCCCCUCAGCCCUCACAGAGUCCCGCCAACGCCCGGACCCCCCAGAACUACGGUGUCCCCUCCCCGGGACCACUCAACACUCCAGGUAACCCCAGCUCCGUGAUGAGUCCUGCCGGAGCCACGUCACUGGAGGACCAGCAGUACAUGGAGAAACUCAAGCAGUUGUCCAAAUACAUCGAGCCUCUGAGCCGGAUGAUCAACAAGAUCGACAAGAACGAAGACAGGAAGAAGGACCUGAGUAAGAUGAAGAGUCUGCUGAACAUCCUGACGGAUCCAAACACCAGGUGUCCUCUGAAGACGCUGCAGAAGUGUGAGAUCGCUCUGGAGAAGCUGAAGAACGACAUGGCUGUGCCGACUCCCCCCCCGCCGCCCGUGCCCACCAAGCAGCAGUAUCUGUGUCAGCCGCUGCUAGAUGCCGUCAUGGCCAACAUCCGAUCGCCCGUCUUCAACCACUCGCUGUACCGAACCUUUGCCCCCGCCAUGAGUGCCAUCCACGGCCCGCCCAUCACGGGUCCAAAUGUCUCGGGGAGGAAGAGGAAGCACGAGGAGGACGAGCGGCAGACCAUCCCCAACAUUCUGCAGGGAGAGGUCGCUCGCCUCGACGUCAAGUUCCUCGUCAACCUCGACCCGUCGUUCUGCAGCAACAACGGCACCGUUCACCUCGUCUGCAAGCUAGAUGAUAAAAACCUCCCGAGUGUUCCUCCUCUGCAGCUCAGUGUUCCAGCUGAUUAUCCGGACCAGAGUCCAUACUGGGCCGACGAUGGCGAGCAGUACGGUGCCAACAGCUUCCUGCAGACGGUUCACAGAAACAUGACGUCCAAACUGCUGCAGCUUCCUGACAAACACUCUGUGACGGAGCUGCUCAACACCUGGGCCCAGAGCGUCCGCCAGGCCUGUCUGUCUGCUGCCUGAAGCCCCGCCCCCUGACAUUACCUGCUGCAGACACUGUCGCCAAUGCUCCUUAAAGGGACAGUUUUUUUCCCCCAGAGUGGUUGUUUGAAGUAUUUACAUGAUUUUUGACACUACAGGACUUUGUUUCAUGUUUAGUCAUGUUUUUUAGUGGCAACGUCUCAUUUGUUACAAACAUCACACGUUAAAUGUUUCAGUUCAAAUUAUCGGCAGCCCAAGUUUCAGUGUACGUUAUGUUUCUAAUAUUUCUCCUCUACCUCGCUGUCAGACAGUUCUUUCUGUUGUCUAUGAUCUCUUCAACCAGACUCCAUUCACUAAAUACGGCUAUUUAACCUCUCAGAAGACAGGAGUUGCUGCUCUGUCACAUUUGAUGAAAUAUCAUUAUUUUCAGCUCAGAGUUGGUUAUUUUCCCCCUUCAGGGACCAUCAGAAAUGUAAAGAUGUGAAGAUUAUUUCUGUUUUUACAGUUUCUUGUUAUGAUAAAUUAUGUAAAUGUGAAAACAAGCCUGUGUUCUGUCUGCCAAAAUAACUUUCUGUCAAAAUAACUUUCUGUCAAAGGAGUCUGGUGGCUGUCAACGCAGAUUAUCAGAUUGUUUAACACCAGAAAAAAAUCAUCAGUAUAAGUGUACGAUAUGUUUAUAAUAUUUCCUCCUUUUUAGGAACUGAAGUUGUUAUCUGUGAUCUCUUCACAGCCACCAGACUCCAUUCUCAAAAACACUAAUUUUAGCAGACGGACAGCCGCUGCCUCCAUCUGUGAGUCAGUUUGGAGUUUAUGAUAAUGUGUUGGGGUUCCCAUGACGACUGGCUCACAUUUUUAACAUAAAAAAAUAUAUUAAAACUGAAAGUCAAAGUUUUGACUUUAAAAGUGAUUUUAAACUUCUACCUCACAAAUUCAUCUAAACAGUUUUUACUUUAAUUUUUACUUAAAUGGACACAAGUCAAAUUUUUAGUACUUCAAAUGUGAAAAUUCAGUCAUAAUUCAUAAACAAAUAAAUGCCACAAAUUGAGGUAGCUAAAAUGACUUUAUGAAUGGAGUCUGGUUGAGAGCAUAGAUAACAGAAGGAUAAAAUAUUAAUAUAAUAGACAUUUAAAUUUAUUUGGAUUGUUUAAAAGCAUUUUCCUACUAACUCUUCAUCUACUGACAGAAAUACCUCAAACAACCACCCAUCAAUCAUGAACUGGCCCUUUUAAUGAGCUGCUGCGUUUCCACUACAGGCUUAUCCUCACAUUAGAGGACUUAUGGCUCAUCUUGGUCCCUGAAUGCCUCGCUGCAUUGAGAAGUCUCAUAGUCAGAGAGCAGAUUUUAGCAGAAGCAGCUUGUACAUAAAAUGAACUCUGAUUCACAGGAAAAAAAAAAAACUCCACACACAAAAGGGAAAAAGAGAAACCAGCCCAACUCUCAUUUAUUCCGACGUAUAUUCUGCUCCCUGAACGCAUCACUCUGCUUCUGUUUGUUCUUCAGCUGGAACAAGUUUCUGUUUGAGGUGUAAUUUCAGUUUUGUACCACAGAAGAGCGCUGUUGUAAAGAAAAACUUUGCUUUCCAAAGUGAAACUAUAAAUGUAUUAUUUUGCUAUCAUAAAUAAAAAACUUUUCAGUUCAACUUUUUAAAAA